GCUGGUUAUUAGCAUCCAGUUAGCCAGCUCCUAUCAAUCUGCACUGCACAGAAAACUUUUACAGGAAGAUGUUGACUCCUGAAUUUAUAUUGCCAUCGGCGCUGUAAAAACGAGUAAGCCUUCACUCAGGUUUACAGGAGAUUUAAUUUACUCUGGACAACGAUAGGGACUCCUGUCAAGAAUACUUAAUAGGUCCAUGACUAUUAGCCCUUUCCUGGUACCUAACACCAGCUGAAUAAGUCACAGAGAUGAACAUCGAUGACAAGCUAGAGGGAAUGCUGAUCCGAUGUGGCACUGUGGGUCUACACCACUCAACAAGAGCACUGGAACCCUCAGGGGUGGACAGGAGGGGCGGAGGAAGCUUGGAUAUGGCUCUCGGGGAAAAGAGCUUGGCCAAUCAACCCCUCCUUGCAGAAGACGACGAUGAUGAGGAGGAUGAAGACCUAGCUGGAGGGACGCUCUCCUCACAUGACCUCAUCUCACAUGAUGAACUAAUGGUUCAUGAGGAGACUGUGAAAAAUGAUGCAGAAGAGGAGUCCGAGUUGUCCCAGCAGCUCUCCCAUAAGCUACCAUAUACACUCCACAUGCCUGUGAAUAUUAAACAGGAAAUGAACCUGUCUGACUCACUAAUUCUCACUAAGAAGGACAAGAAACGGGGGAGGGACAUUGCAGAAUGUCACAAAAAAAAGAAGAGAAAGCAGCGAUCACCUGCCAAGAUUCUCACCAUUAAUGAGGAUGGCUCACUAGGUCAUCAGAGUCCAAAGUCUCACAUCUGUGAACACUGCAAUGCAGCCUUCCGAACAAAUUACCAUCUACAGAGACAUGUCUUCAUCCACACAGGAGAGAAGCCUUUCCAGUGUAGUCAAUGUGAUAUGCGUUUCAUUCAAAAGUAUUUGUUGCAGAGACAUGAGAAAAUUCACACAGGAGAAAAGCCUUUUCGAUGUGAUGAAUGUGGAAUGAGAUUCAUUCAGAAAUAUCAUAUGGAGAGACACAAGAGGACACACAGUGGGGAGAAGCCCUAUCAGUGUGAUUACUGUCACCAGUACUUCUCCAGAACUGAUAGAGUCCUGAAGCAUAGGCGCAUGUGUCAUGAAAAUAAAGAGAGGAAGGCUCAUAAAGCAACUUCCAGAGAUGGCCUUCUACGCAGCGCAGAAACCCUGGCCUUCUCCUUCUCUUCCAAGGAAUGCACGCUACCCAAGAAAAAACGGCAGAAAUCCACUGAUAAGAAUUGCACCCCAAUCACAAACCCUGCUGUUGCCAGCAGAGUGGUAGAGAGCGGUGGUGAAGAAAAGACAGAGGACAGGCUUAGCAAAAAUGAAUGUCUUCCUCUUUAUGCUGUGGCCACAAAGGUGAAGGAUGAGUAUGUAGUGGCAGAAUAUUCUGUUGAGCUACCAGGGGCUUCACCAAGAAACCGACACCUUACUGGGGAGGCAUCUACUAAUGAAAUCAUCACUCCUCCAAAGUUAGUGCUUAAGAAGAUUGCCAGCAAGAAGAGUGUGAAGCAACAGUCCUUGGAACAACCCCAGCCUCCUUCCCCCAUGUCAACAUUUGAGGAGGGAAAAGUCACAAGAUAUACAUUUGAGAUUGUGGAUAACAAGGGCUUAUUGGAUGUAGAGCCGAGCUCUGACUUGGAGACGGUCGAUUCUCUCCAGGGUGGGCCAGCAAAACCAGUUGGGUGCAGUACAAAUUAUGAUGAUGCCAUGCAGUUCCUCAAAAAGAAACGCUACCUCCAGGCGACCACGGCUAAUCGGGACUAUGCCCUAAAUGUGAGUAGCAUCUCUUCACAGCCCUCUGUCACUCAGGCAGCUGUGGUCACUGUCAUAGAUGAAACUGUUCCUGCCACAAUCCUCUCUGAGACUCAGACUCUGAAUGUGGAGAUCAAGGCAAGCCAUGAGAAGAAUGUUCUUCCAGAUGAAGUUUUGCAGUCACUCCUGGACCACUACUCCAACAAGGCUAAUGGACAGCCAGAGAUCAACUUCAGUGUAGCGGACACAGAGGUGACUUCCAGCAUAUCCAUCAAUUCAUCUGACGUUUCUGAAAGCAGCCCUACUGAGGCCUUGGGAACCAGUUCUCAAGCGCCCCCAGCAGAGAAAGCCAGCCUUCUUCAGGAGUACUCCAAGUUUCUCCAGCAAGCAUUGGAGAGGACCAGUCAGAACGACAACUACCUUAACAACCAGAGUCUCACCUUUGUGAAUGAUGGUGCUGGGCCACCCUUGUUUUCUACAGACAAACAAUUCACUUCCACAGGUCGGUUCAGAUCAGGCCUGAACUCUCCUCUAAGGUCAACUUUGGAGAAGCCCAACUUUGGUCUUUUAGUAGAUUCACAACACUCGUUUUCAUUUUCAGGGGAUGAGACUAACCCCUCUUCAGUGUCACCCACUGAGGACUUUCUGGACCAAGUGUCAUCUCCAAAAAAGUCAGACUCUCAGGGCAUCAGUCAGACAUUUCAAAUAGCCACUUUUGACCAUAACUUCAGAUCACAGUUCCAGUCAUCCCGCUCUGGACUGUCUUCACAGUUUAGCGUUGCCAAUGGACAGGUCAGCUUAAGAAGUCAUGGAGGAACAGACUUCCCAGAAUUCCCUCUUGUUAAUGUUACCGAGACCAGAACACAGAUAACUUCAUCCCCAGAUGCUACAAGCAGCCAAACGUUUGGCUAAAGAAAGCUAUUUAAGAUUUUAAUCAUGUUAAAAGCACUUUAUACUCUUGGUAUCUGAGUUCUGUGAAUGUAAGAACCAGAUCCUCAGAUGUUGAUCUCUUUGCAAGCAUUUGAACUGAAGAUUUUCUCUUUUUAUUUGGUGGUUUUAUUAAUCAAGCACGAGUGAAAAAUCACUUUACCAAGUCGAUCUUACCAGUCAUUUAAUGUUUCUCUACAUUUCAAAAUGCACUUUCUUUAAAGUUUUCUUUAUUUUGUAUUGCAAUCAGUACAUCUGCAAAACUGGUUGCAGUUUCUCCAUUAGAGAGCAUUUACAAUGCCGACAUGUACAACUCUUAAAUUUGAAGUGACCUAAAUUCCUUUUAAAUUUUUAUAUAACAAAAUUAUACAGCUAAUGUAUUUUUGCACAUUGCUUUUAAGGUAGUAUAAAAUCAGAUGACUGCUCUUAAGGUACAAAUUAAAUGUAGAUCUGUCAUUAUUUGUUCGUUGGAGUAGGUACAUAGUUUUCUGACAUCAUUUUUAUCUUUGUACAAAAGUCAUGCCAAUGAGACUUGUAUCCAUUCGUUUUAUAUUAGAUUUCUACAGAACAUGCAUACUGUAUACUGUACAGGAGACCUGCAUAGACAUAUUUUUUUGUUAUUGUAGAAGUUUCAUGCAGGGAUUGACAGGUUGGACAUAAAUGGAUCAGUUAAAAGGAAUUCAUUGGAAUGAAAAUAAUUCAUAUUAUACAUGGACAGCAUACCUCAGAUACAACAUGGAGUAAUUAAUAUGAUAGACUAAAAUUACUAAAUUACUAUUUCAAGAGUUUGAUUUGGUUUUAGGAGUUGGAUAAAGUAGGCCUACUUAUUUUUGUGCAUGUAGUGCCUUGUGUAUUUGCAGAUACAUAUUCAGAAUAUUCUUUUUUUUUUUUUUUUAUUGCCUCUCUCUUUGUUUUAGAAGUGGCUUUGAAAGCAAAGAGGCUAAAGAAGGCUUUAGGCUUUAGAAAGUAACCCACUAAAUUUGCACUUGGGCCUUAUGGGUAAAAAGCCAAUGCUCUUUAUCAUUUGUUUUACAUUUAGAUGGAAGCAAAAGCCCAGCUUGAAUAACUUGGUUAUUCUUUUUUUUUGAUGCACCUUUUCCCAUUCAUUGCAAUCACAUAGACAUUUACAAGGUCAGAGGUUAGCAUGUUGGAUAAUGAAUUUGCAAAUUAAUAAUUCAGUCUUCUGGCUUUAAUCAUGAACUAAAAGAUGAAUUAUCUUUUGAAAGAGUACAUUUUACAUUUAUCAACUGACAUUUCUAUGCUUUAUGGCCAGUUGGAAUAAAAAGGCUGAAGUGCAUGAUUUUGAUAUUUGGUAUAGAUGCAUAUAUUUGGUAUUUGUAAACAGUUAUGUUUGUUAAACAUCAAAUUUAAUCUUAAUUCAUUGUGUAAAUGUCUUUCUCUGUGUACUAAUAUUUGUUUUGUUGUUUAUGAAAGUGUCUUACAGUUCUGUGAACAGUUGCAUUUUAUUCAACACCAUUUCUCCUUUCAGACACAGUACUAUCCUGCUAAACUGCAAACUACAUGGAAAUUCAUUAUCAUCUUAUUAUAAAACAGUAAAGUCUACUCAGUCAGGGACAGAGACAAUCUUUGUUGCUGUUACUUCUCAUAAGUCAUUGUAAACAUUCCUUAAUUUAACAGUCGGUAGACAACUAGUGUCUUGUUUAUUGUAAAUAAGUUGUAUAUUUCGAACUGUACAUUUUGGUUUUUGUAUGCUAAGAGUGAUAUGGGAAAGUUGGAUGUUUUUAGGCUUUCUUUUAAAUUUUAUGUGAAUGUACUCUGUGUAGUAAGCAUAAUCCUAUUGAUUCUGGCUCCACUGAUCAAAGAUCAUGUUAUUGUUAUAGACUGGGUUUCUCUGCUCUUCCAUCUAUCCGUCCAUUCCUCCAUCUAAGAUGAAAAUGCCAACAGUUAGCAGUGUUUAGUGUUAUUUUGAAGUCUUAAAAUACUUAUUUCACACCACGUUAAGAAAUGAUGAGCUUUUCCACUCAAUGCAUUCUUUAAACAUACAAAUUUUUUCUGUGUACAGUUACUUCUCAGAUCACUCCACACAUGAGAGAUGCAUUUCUUGAGCAAUUUCAUACGUAUGUUAACCCCAAUUAAACACAGAUACUUGGACAACCAGGAUACCUAUAAGUGCCCCUUAAGUCAAAUGUGAACAGAUUCACCACAACUGUUUUGCUGUUGAAAAAAUUAAAUUAUUUUUUCCCCCUUGUCUGUUUUUCAGACAUUUGAAGUCAAGUGAGUAGGGGUAGUGAUUGAUUGAUUGAUUGAUUGAUUAUUUCUUAGCUUCUUAACGGUUUCAGACAUUUCAUUCAAUAGGGUGAUUGCAUGUCCAAAUCCACUGUUUUUGUACACUGGUUAUAUUUUUAUAUAUAAUGUGUGCAUUUUAUUGUAGCCUAAUUAUUUCCAUAGAAUACUAUUACUUUUAUGCAGUACUAUAUGUAAGACAUGGAAAAAAGUUUUAAUCAGA